UGUGAAGUGAGUAAGGGAAAGCGAAACAGACUGACCGAUUAUCUUCACGCAUGAGGGUUAUGUCGGUGCUGUGUCGCUGCUGUAAAGUAAUAAUGCUUUGGUUCGGAUACAAUGGGUUUCGCUCGCUUUGGGACUGGAUAGUGCGCCACAGGAAUCCUUUACUGCUCUUGCUUUUCCCAUUGGUGGUGUUUAGAUAUUUAACUUAUUCAAAGAAAGGCGGAAAUGAAUCUGAAACAAGCGAUGACAACACACGUCCACCCAAGAAUUCACUUGACGACGAAGAGAGGGCUAUUAGUCCCGGACAGAAGAGGCCCUCAGAGGAAGGUGGGGUGCCCGUGAGCAAGCGAGCAAGGUCUAACCAAGAGGACUUUCAAAAUGAUCGAUCUGAGACCGUUGAUGAAACUGUUUCUAUGGUACACUCAAAUGAGUCUGACAUACGCACAGAAAACGAAGUUGACGAAGGGAAGAAGCUGACAGGGCCGGAAGAAGAGUUUGACAGCACAGAGUAUCGAGUUCACACUACCGAUGAAUUCUACUGCGACUAUGAUUCAACCUGGGAGACCGACCCGAAUGAGGAGAGCCCACCCAGCAGGAUCAGACAGACAACAAACUCCAACCAUUACAAGUUCAGCAGAUUUGAACGUGCUGCGAGAGACAUGCAGAACUACAGACAUGACUACCCUAACCAACUCAAGACACAGCACAGGAAGAAGAACACAAAUGAGAAUCCUAACCUGAAUUUCUACCUUGGAAAGAAACGAUCGUUGCCAGACGGUGUCUACAUAACUGAUAUCCAUGAAAAAUGGUACGGAGACUAUGAAAGACUUGAGUAUGUGCACACAUAUAUUCAGUGGUUGUUCCCACUGCAAGAACCAGGAGUGAACUAUGAGGCCAGUACACUGACAAAGGAAGAAAUUACGGAUUUUCUUAAUCACAGCAUUGCAAAGGAAAACCUGCUGAAGUCGUACAAGCUCAUGUUGGACUUUUAUGGUAUCGUGUUGUGUGAUGAAAAAACUGGAGAAGUCAGGAGAGCAGAGCACUGGGAAGAGAGAUUUCACAACCUUAACAGUCACACACACAACAACCUGCGCAUCACUCGCAUCCUGAAGUGUCUGGGAACCCUGGGUUACCCUCACUACCAAGUCCCUCUGGUCCACUUCUUCCUGGAGGAGACUCUGGUCAACGGACAACUUCCAAACAUCAGGGACAGCGUCCUCAGCUACUUUUUGUUUGCUGUACUUGAUAAGACACAGCGCAGAAAUCUCAUCAAGUAUGCAUAUUUGAACUAUGAGCCUAAAGAUGAGUUUGUGUGGUGCCCAAAGAAAAUCCAAAAAUUGUGGUCAAUGCAGUCCAAGGCAGCAAAGGAAGAGGCCGCUGACUCUCUGGGGUCACAGGAGGACACUCUGAUUUCUGACAGUGAAGCACAAGAAGAGGAAAACCUGUCUGCAGAUGAGUCGUGUAACAGUGCAGAGUCUCACGAGGAUGAAGAAACCUUCAGCCAUAAUGAAGAUUGAUUGAUGACAAUGAAAAGAUUAUGAAUAAUACUGAUAAAUUGCACUGAAGUAUGGAGUGAUUUAGUUCAACACUGUAGAUCUUAGAUUACUAGCAGGUUAUUGUGGUUUACACACUGAGUCAAAGGGCUUGAUUCUUUAUAGAAUUGUUUGUUUAUUUCAUUAUUUACAACUUAAGGUUUGGAUUUUUAUUCGCAAUUAAUUCUUUUUCUGAACAAAAAAAAUGAAGCGAUCUGAAAUGGAUGCAUGUUUUACACAAAAUUCAAGGGUUAAUGUUAUUGUGUGACUAUGUGGGAUUAAUUAAUUACUAUAAUUGCUCAGUGAUGAAUGUAUUUUAAAUGUUUUUGCGUUCUUGUGUCUAGAAUUAAAACAUUCUCAUUCAGAAAGUUCA